CUGACGGGCUUGCGGUCCAUGGCGCCGAUCCUCUGCUCCCGGGCUGUGCUGCUGCUUGUCCUGGUGUCGGCGGCGGCGGCGGGAAGGAGGCUGCACUUUGUCAACCUGGUGUAUCGCCAUGGAGACCGAUCUCCGAUCCAAACAUUCAAAACAGAUCCUCAUAAGCCGGAGGACUGGCCACAAGGCUUUGGCCAGCUUACGCAGGUUGGGAUGAGGCAGCAGUAUGAGCUGGGCCAGUUUCUGCGAAAACGUUAUGAAGAUUUCCUCAACUCCUCGUACGACCGACAAGAGAUUUAUGUUCGGAGUACAGAUAUUGACCGGACUCUGAUGAGUGCUGAGGCGGAUCUGGCUGGCUUCUACCCUCCACAUGGACAACAAGUCUUCCGUACCAAUCUUACUUGGCAGCCAAUCCCUGUGCAUACAGUGCCAACGAUGGAUGACUGGUUGCUGCUGUACCCAUUGAGAAACUGCCCUCGCUUUGAGCAGUUGCAGAAUGAGACGAAGAAUUGUUGGGAAUACAAGAAGACCAUGCAAGACAACCGGGAAUUCCUGAAGGCGCUGGCUAAAAACACUGGAACUCCCUUAGCGAACCUGACACUGUUUAAUCUGUGGAUGAUUUAUGAUGCUCUGUUCUGUGAGCAAGUUCACAACUUCACUCUCCCAUCCUGGGCCACGCCAGAGCAGAUGGAACACUUGAGACAACUGAAGGAAUUUGGCAUCCGAUCGGAGUUUGGACUCUACCAGACAAAGGAGAAAUCACGGCUGCAAGGGGGCGUGCUCCUCAAACAAAUCCUCGAAAAUAUUACUCGUUCAAUAAAUGAGACCAAUUCCACUCCCCGUCUCAAGAUGAUCAUGUAUUCAGCGCAUGACACCACUAUUAUAGCCCUUCAAAUGGCUCUGGGUGUUUACAGCCUUGCUCCAACAUAUGCUGCCUGCCACAUAUUUGAGCUUUACAAAGAGACAAACGGAUCCUACACUCUGGAGAUGUACUACAGAAACGAGAGUAAUUCUAAGCCAUACCUUGUCACUCUGCCAUCUUGCACUGAAAAGUGCCCCUUAGAAAAAUUCAUUGAAAUUACUGCAGAGACAAUCCCAAAGAACUGGGCAGAGGAAUGUGAACUUCGUCACAGUACCAUCCAAAUUGAGUGGAUUCUAGGCCUGGUUGUGGGCUGUUGCCUUCUGUUAGUGCUCAUUGUCCUGUGCAUGAAGCUCCAGUGUCAAGACAAAGAACAAACUCUGGGCUAUCAGAAACUUGCCUCCCACAGUGAAGAGAGAGAGAAAAUGCUCCCGAUCUGAACAGGACAAGAAAGGCAACGCAAGAUUUAGAGCGAUCCAAAGGCCAUGGGGAGGGGAUUGGAGGUUGCUUGCUUCAACUGAGCUUUGAUUGGUGUGAUGAGCAGGAGUUUUAACUCGCUUUUAUGAUCAAGGAGCCAAAAAAGUGUUUUUACUCAAAAUUAAGCAUUGAUUUGAAAAACAGCUUAAGCCAUGGAAAGGGGAAACUUGAUAAUUCUGUUCAAAGUCUUGGAAUGAAUCGAGUGUGAUUUUUAAGAAAUUGCUUGCAGUGUGUGGCGUUUUUUUUAACACAGGCAUUUUUUUUAAACAUUCCAAAGAGAUGACAUGUCCACAGUCAGUUAUUGUGACUGGGACAUUAGAUGACCUGAUAUCUCUGAUACUGUCAGAUACACAGGGCAACAGGCUGUUUCCACUGAGUCACCUGUUAAACUUGUACGUGUAAGAAAGACCUGCAUUUAUAAAGUACCUUCACAGCUCCAUUGUAACCAGUGAAACACUUUCAUUUUUGAAGUGUAGUCAUAUUUAAAAAAAAGAAAAAGUCCAACUAAUUUGUACACUGCAAAUCCCACAGACAGCACUGACCGAAAUGACCAGGUUGUUUCUUUUUUAAUAAAGAGUUGAAGUCAA